AUGUCCGCGGAGGGCGCUGGGCAGGGGCCGGGGCCCGAGCCGGGGCCGCUCUGCCCCGAACACGGCCAGGCUCUCAACUGGUUCUGCUGUUCCGAGCGACGGCUCGUGUGCGCCGCCUGCACGGAGCUGGGCGGCCGCUGCCGGGGGCACCGCAUCCGCCGGGCCGAGAAGCGCGCGGAAGAGCUGCGGAACAAGAUUGUGGACCAGUGUGAGAGGCUGCAGUUACAGAGUGCUUGCAUCACCAAAUAUGUGGCUGACGUCCUGCCAGGGAAGAACCAGAGAGCAGUGAGCACGGCCAGCGCAGCUCGGGAACUGGUCAUCCAGCGACUGGGUCUGGUGAGGAGUUUGUGCGAGAGCGAGGAGCAGAGAUUGCUGGAACAGGUGCAUGGCGAAGAGGAGCGGGCCCACCAGAGUAUCCUGACGCAGCGAGUGCACUGGGCCGAGGCGCUGCAGAAGCUGGACACCAUCCGCGGCAGCCUGGUGGACAUGCUCACUCAUCUGAAUGACCUCCAGCUGAUUCAGAAGGAGCAGGAGAUUUUUGAGAGGACGGAGGAAGCAGAGGGCAUUUUGGAUCCCAAGGAGUCGGAAAAGUUAAAUUUUAAUGAGAAGUGCACUCGGAGUCCGUUACUGACCCAACUCUGGGCAACAGCCAUUCUCGGAUCCCUCUCAGGCACGGAGGACGUGCGUAUGGAUGAGAGGACGGUCAGCCCCUUCUUGCAACUGUCAGAUGAUCGGAGGACCCUGACCUUCAAUUCCAAGAAGUCCAAGGCCUGUGCAGAUGGCCCGGAGCGCUUCGACCACUGGCCCAAUGCCCUGGCCGACACGUCCUUCCAGGCUGGGCUGCACGCCUGGACGGUGAACGUCCAGAACAGUUGUGCCUACAAGGUGGGCGUGGCCUUAGGCCAGCUGCCCCGCAAGGGUUCGGGCAGUGACUCUCGCCUGGGCUGCAGUGCUUUCUCCUGGGUCUUCUCCCGCUACGGCCAGGAGUUCCGUUUCUCGCAUGACGGGCAGCACGAGCCCCUGGCCCUGCUGCGGUGCCCAGCUCAGCUGGGCGUGCUGCUGGACUUGCAGGCACAGGAGCUGCUCUUCUACGAGCCCGCCUCGGGCACCGUGCUCCACACCCACCACGCGUCUUUCCCUGGGCCCCUCUUCCCAGUCUUUGCUGUGGCUGACCAGACCAUUUCCAUCGUCCACUGA